AGGGCACCCUAGAUCCUUCCCCCCUCUUCCAAAUCCCUUCCGUACCGCACCUGAGAGAGAGAUGGGAAAGGGAGGCUCUGGACAAUCAGGACCAACGACUUCCGGCCUCGAUUGGCGAAACUUCUCUGUUCGCAAAGGAGCCGGUGGGCGUUCGUGUGUAGCGAGUUCAGCAGCGGUUUCAAGCAUAGUCAUCUUAGAUUAAAGCAAGGUGGUGUAAGAUUAUAGCAGAGGAGAUUACGCAAGGUGAUUGAAUCGCUUGACUCGAACAUGGGAAUUCUCCACAGGUGUCGCAAGACGCACAUCCUGACUGUGGCCAGUGUAGCGCUCCGAUCGGGUUAUUAUAACUCUAUUCCAUACCACCAUGUCCCAUUAUCCCUCGCAGGCGUACGGUUCAUAUCAGUCGCCAUAUCCUAACUACCCCCCGCAAACACAGUAUCCUUCCCAGUUCCCUGGACAGGCAGCUGCCCCAUACAAUGCAUAUCCACCAGUGAAACCGACCUCACCACCACCAGAACCUAUUACUGCUCCAGACCUACCUGCUAUCACACCAGAUAUUGCUUCUCGUGUCCUUCAACGACUGAUUUCCGCCGAACUUCGCCAUGCAGGAUUCGAUACCGCCCAGCCGGCUGCAGUUGAAAGGCUCGAGCUUGAAGUUGUAGCUUUCGUAGAGAAUGUCUUUCGAUAUGCACACGAUUGUGCAAAUCAUGCCAAUCGCUCUGGCCCCAUUGCUACCGAUUUAUUGGCAGCCUGCCAACACCAUGAACUGGAGCCAAAAGACUUGCAUAAAGUCGUGCUGGCUGCGAAGAAAAGAAUAGAAGACAAUGAGAAACUCGAGAUACCAGCGAUGUUACCUCCACCCUCCCGUUCGCCGUCGCCAGAACUCCUGAGCUCAGAUGAUGAGGACGCGGCGACUGUUAUACCAGCAACUCUUAGGGCCCUUCCUCUGAAUUACCUUCCUGCUCUCCCUCCAAAACAUACUUACCUCCGAACGCCAGCCUCGCCUCCGAAGAAGGCAGCUUUACCCUCGCUAGAGAAGAAGCUGAAGAACGCCGGUCUGGUGCAAGAUUCUCUCAAGAACCUUUUGCUUGCAACUGAGGACAGUGCAGACCAAGAUGGAGAACUUCUUGGUGCGAUUGUCAAUUGGGAAUCCACCACACACCCGCGCAAACGGUGGAGGCUGAGCCCAUAGGCUUGCAUAGUUCGCCUGUUUUCCGCUAUAUUACUUUGUACUUGUAUUCACGGGUGUCAAUGGAUUUGUAUCAUAUUCC